CACAAUCUAACCGAAACCACUAAAUGCGGACGUGAUUGAUGUGUUUGCGCGCAAAGAGAGUGCCUCUCAUUGGUUGUUCACUCGUGUCGGUUGACUCUCGUGAACGAUUGGCGCAAAGCAUUCAUUCAUUGACACAACGAUUCAAACGAAAGCAACGACUCAUCCAUUCAUUGCAUUUGUGUUCAACUCAUUGUCAAUGUCUUCACACAGUCUUCAUCUGAAUCACUGAUCACUCGCAUCUCAUCCAACCAUCGCAGCAAUGGUGCCGCCACUGCGCGAGAGACCAGCGAAGACCCCGUUGAAGAAGACGGCGCCUCCCACUCGACCCAAACCCACCCCUCAGAACAGGUCCGCCAAAGAGCCCGUCCAAGUGUUCUGUCGGUUGAGACCUCUUAGCAAUUACGCGGAUGUGGUUGCCGUCCAUCGCGUGGCCACUAAUAACACAUUACUUCGUUUGUCUCCUCCCGACAAACGCAAUGAACUCUUCUAUAAAUUCAAACAAGUCUUCAGCGAAAACACGUCUCAGAAGGAGAUCUUUGCGGACAUAGCGUUGCCAUUGGUCUCCGAUUUAGUGAACGGCAAAAACGGCCUUCUGUUCACGUAUGGCAUCACCUCUUCGGGCAAGACGUAUACCAUUGCGGGAACGCCUUCAGAGCCGGGAAUACUUCCCCGUUCUCUGGACUUA